AUGGCUGCCACAAUUUCAACUGUUGGAACCGUUAACAGAACUCCUUUGAGCUUGAAUAGCUCUGUUUCUGGAGUCUCAGUCCCAAGCUCUGCUUUCUUUGGAAGUAGCUUGAAGAAGGUAGGUUCAAGAUUCAACUACCAGAAGAUUGCAUCUGGGAACUUAAAGGUGGCUGCUGAAUAUGAUGAGGAGAAGCAGACUAACAAGGACAGAUGGCAAGGCCUUGCCUAUGACAUUUCUGAUGACCAGCAAGACAUAACGAGAGGAAAGGGAAUGGUUGAUACUCUCUUCCAAGCUCCCAUGCAGAGUGGAACUCACUAUGCCGUCAUGAGCUCAUACGAAUAUCUUAGUACCGGACUUCGCCAAUACAUGGAUAACAAUAUGGAUGGGUUUUACAUAGCUCCGGCUUUCAUGGACAAACUGGUGGUUCACAUCACAAAGAACUUCCUGACAUUGCCUAACAUUAAGGUUCCUCUCAUUCUUGGUAUUUGGGGAGGAAAAGGUCAAGGAAAAUCUUUCCAAUGUGAGCUUGUGUUUGCCAAGAUGGGAAUCAACCCUAUCAUGAUGAGUGCUGGAGAAUUGGAAAGUGGAAACGCAGGAGAGCCUGCAAAAUUGAUCAGACAGAGGUACCGUGAGGCUGCUGACAUUAUCAAGAAAGGAAAAAUGUGCUGCCUCUUCAUCAAUGAUCUUGAUGCCGGUGCUGGUAGGCUUGGUGGAACUACACAGUACACUGUGAACAACCAAAUGGUGAAUGCUACUCUCAUGAACAUUGCUGAUAACCCAACAAAUGUCCAGCUUCCUGGUAUGUACAACAAGGAGGAAAAUCCCCGUGUCCCCAUCAUUGUCACUGGUAACGACUUCUCCACGUUGUAUGCCCCUCUCAUCCGUGAUGGUCGUAUGGAGAAAUUCUACUGGGCUCCCACCAGGGAAGACAGGAUUGGUGUAUGCACUGGAAUCUUCAGGACUGACAAUAUUCCCCCUGAGGAUAUUGUCAAGCUUGUAGAUACAUUCCCUGGUCAAUCUAUUGAUUUCUUCGGUGCGCUAAGAGCUCGAGUAUAUGAUGAUGAAGUGAGGAAGUGGGUAUCAGGUGUUGGAGUUGAAAGCAUUGGAAAGAAGCUUGUAAACUCUAAAGAGGGCCCUCCUACUUUUGAGCAGCCUAAAAUGACCCUCGAAAAACUCCUCGAGUAUGGUAACAUGCUUGUUCAGGAGCAGCAGAAUGUGAAGAGAGUUCAGUUGGCUGACAAGUACUUGAGCGAGGCAGCACUUGGGGACGCAAAUGACGAUUCCAUCAAAAGUGGAUCCUUCUAUGGGAAAGCAGCCCAACAAAUUAAUGUACCAAUUCCUGAAGGCUGCACUGACCCAUCAGCGUCAAACUUUGACCCAACUGCUAGGAGUGACAACGGUAGCUGCCAGUAUUGAGGCAAGCCACCUUAGUGCCUUCCUAGGCAGUGAUCCAUAUUCCAUCUGCAUGUGGGAAGAAUUCAUGAUAUUGCUAGCAAAUAUCUAUGGAUUAAUGUUCCUAAUUUUUUUGAAAAUUUACACUUAAAUCUUACUGUAAUGUACGAUUGUCUUGUAUUUCGUGUUAAUGAUUGAACAAUCUACGAUUUGAACCC